CCCCCCCCAAUAGUCGGGUCAAGAAUCGGCCGAUUAUUCGCCGAUUAGUGACCGAUUAUCGAGGUCCCCGCGCCGGGGGAGAGCGGGGAUCGGCUCAGGGGGACGCCAGGGGCCUGAUACCCACCGAUUCUCCCCUCUCGCCUUUGUCUGGGGCGGUUUUUGUUUCUAUUUCCGUGUGUGUCGUCGGUUGCUUUGUUUCUAACUAAUCGAUUAGUAUCGUCACCGGCGUUCGGCCUUUUCCAAUCGCAGGUCUUCAACCCUCUUUGCCCCCCACCCUUCAUUCCCCCCAUCCCCCUCUUCAUUCCCCCCACGGCCGCCGCCGGCCGGCAUAGCCGAUUCUAAUCGGUUUGGAGGUCCCCAACUGUACCCCCUAUCCACCCCACCCCCAUCACCAAGUAUCAGCGAUUAAUCGCUCUACCCACCCCCACCCUGGGCAGUACUGAUUCAUCUCUUCCCUCCCACCCUGGGGAGCGUUAAUGUUUAAUCAGCGAUUAAUCGCUCGGUCCUGCCGCCAUCCCAGGAGCAUUACCAAUUCUCUGGUUCCUGCCCCUGACCCCAGGAGUAUUGCCGAUUAAUCUCUUUGGAUUGCAGGGGCAUCGGUGAUUAAUCGCUCUUGACCCCGCCCCCCCCCCCCCCCCCCCCCACCGAGAGCGUUGGUGAUUAAUUGCUGACCCCCCUCCGACCGUGGGAGGAUCGGUGAUUAAUCGCUCCCGACCGCGGGAGCAUUGGUAACUAAGUCACUUCUGACCACAGGAGUAUCGGCGAUUAAUCGCUCCCAACCCCGGGUGGUAUCGGUGAUUAGUCGUUAGCCCUGUGCCCCCCCACCCCACGCCCGGCGAUUACAGACCCCACCAGGAGAAAAGGGGCAGGCGGUGGUCGACUGAUUUCGAUACUAUCCCGUUGACCCGUGUGUGUUCCUUUUUAUUGGCGGAGAGUGAUGCGCCGGGCAGGCGGGGGGUGUCGGUGACUAGUCGGGCCAUGUCGGUGAGAUUUACGGUGACCCCCACGCGCGCCGAGGAUGUCCUGGCGCUGGAGGGGGGCUGGGACCCCAAGGACGGUGCCCCCGAGCCUGGUGACCGGGAGAACGAGGCAGCGGCUGGGACACCUGUGCUGGCAGCGGAGCCUGGCACCGAGCAGGGCGAUGGGCACAGUAAGAACCACCCCAUGUUCUUCAGUGGGGAUUACGAGGAUGAUGAGUUCUGCGAUCGCAAUCUCGCGCUGUUCGAGGAAGAGUUGGACACACGGCCCAAGGUCUCCUCCUUGCUGAGUCGCAUGGCCAACUACACCAACCUCCCCCAGGGAGCCAAGGAGCAUGAGGAGGCUGAGAACGUCACGAACAAGAAGAGGAACGGCAAGAGCCCACAGAUGGGAAUGUUGAUGGGCGUUUACCUGCCGUGCCUACAGAACAUCUUGGGUGUGAUCCUGUUCCUGCGGCUGACCUGGGUGGUAGGGACAGCUGGGAUUCUCCAGUCCUUCUGCAUUAUCUUCCUGUGCUGCUGCUGUACGAUGCUGACCGCCAUCUCAAUGAGUGCCAUUGCCACGAACGGUGUUGUACCAGCUGGCGGCUCGUACUUUAUGAUCUCACGAUCCCUGGGCCCGGAGUUUGGGGGAGCAGUCGGUCUCUGCUUUUAUCUAGGGACCACCUUCGCCGCAGCCAUGUACAUCCUGGGAGCGAUUGAGAUCCUCUUGAAAUACAUCGCUCCACGCUUGGCCAUUUUCUGGUCAGACCACGUGGAUGGAGAGACGGCCGCCCUGUUGAACAACAUGAGGGUGUAUGGGACUGCCUUCCUCCUGCUGAUGGCCUUGGUGGUGUUUGUGGGAGUCCGCUACGUCAACCAGUUCGCCUCCAUCUUCCUGGGCUGCGUCAUCGUCUCCAUCCUCUCCAUCUACGUGGGGGCUGUGGUGUCGGCUUUCUCCCCGCCAGACUUCAAGGUGUGUAUGUUGGGUAACCGGACCCUGUCGAGACAUUUUUUCACGUCCUGUGUGAAGACGGAGACUAACGGAAGUGAAACGGUGGUGACGGAUCUGUGGAAGCUGUUCUGUGAAUCGGUGACUGUGGAGAACUCUUCCUGUGAUUCCUACUUUGCCCACAAUAACCUGACCGAGAUCCCAGGCAUUCCCGGGAUGGCCAGCGGUGUCAUCGUGGAGAACUUUUGGAGUCAUUAUCCGGAGAAAGGUCAGAUUGUGGAGAAAUCUUCCAUGCCCUCGACUGAUGUCCAUGGUUCCACCAGCAACAAGUUUCCGUAUGUGUUCGCAGACAUCACCGCCUCUUUCACCAUCCUGGUUGGCAUUUUCUUCCCCUCUGUGACCGGCAGUGAAGAUGCGGUCGAGUGAGGGAGCCAUGGUUUUCGAGAGAGGUC